AGUAGAACCGCAACAGUUAGUUAACAGCCUGUAGUUGAUCCAGAAUAAUGUCUCUUAAAGACAAAUCCGCGGUGGUUUUUGGUGGAUUGGGUGGAAUCGGUUUUGAGAUUGGUAAACACCUCUUCCGAAGCGGAAUAUCUAAAUUAUUUCUCCUUGAUGUCCUACCCAACUUGGAUGGUGAUAAACGAGCUGAGCUGCAUAGCUGUAAUGUGGAUGGAGUUAUUUUUUAUGAACAGUGCGAUAUCACUAAGAAAGAUCGAAUGACAAAACUGUUUCGUUCGGUUAUCAUACCACGACUACAUUUCAUUGACAUUUUCAUCAAUGCAGCAGGGAUUAUUAACGAACAAGACCCAGAGCGUGUGGUGGCUGUAAAUUUAACCGGAGUUAUAAACAGUUCUUUAAUGGCGAUGAACAUCAUGUCUUUGGAAAAUACCGGACUUGGUGGGUACAUAGUGAAUAUCGCAUCUACUGCUGGACUGGAACCAUUUCCCUAUUGUUCUGUGUACACCUCCACCAAACACGCGAUAGUUGGAUUCACGAGAAGUUUAGGGAUCGACACAGUUCUUGUCAAAACCGGAGUUAAGUUCAUCACAAUUUGCCCCGGAGCGACGGAAACUGCACUUUUCCGACAGAACCAUAUGGGAAAUGUUUUCCUCUUACCGUGGAUGGAAGAACCGGGAAGGAAGAUGAUGCGACAAAUUCCAAUUCAGAGUCCCAGCAUUGUCGGACAGUGUGUCAUCCGAGCACUUGUCGAAGGCGAAACUGGAUCCGUGUGGGUUUGUGCGGCCGGAAAAAUAGAAUGUGCAGCACUGCCACUCACCUGGAACGAAUGGAACAGCUCCAAUGAUCGUUAAUUCAAUCAAUACAACGACACAUAAGUUAGUUAAGAUUUGUCUAGUAAAUAAAAAAACGUGGGGUCCAGUGUGCUCACAAUCAAAAUCACAUUCAAAAAAAUUUCAACGAUUUGUCAGCGACAUCCUCACACGUACCAGGAAUUGAAUAUUGGGGAAGGUAUUCGUUGGGUCAGCUGCCAAUGAAAUCAUGGUAGAUUUUAUCCCGUAAUACACCACGUAAAAGUGUCUACCCAGAAGGUCGAAAUGAUAAAAUUUCGUAAAAUGCAACAGGUAUAGAAUGUAGGGAAGAACCCAAACCAAACAUGAACAUUAUUCAAAAAAUUCAUCAUGGUUCAAAGAAAAAGUUAUCUCUGAAAUAUAGAGGUGUGGUCAGAGUACACUUGGCUUUCAAACAAAUGGUGAGUCGAUAAUAUUUAUACGUUUCUUCGGUCACGCUGAGCGGUAAGUACAUUGAAAUUUAUCAACUAAAUAGGUUAGGGCCGGAGCAUUACUUUUAUAGGUGUGAAAAAUGCACUUUUACCAACUGGUGAUGUAAUAUACGUGUUGAGUGGUGCACAAGUACGCAAUGCGGAAUUCUAAGAUUGUGCACAUUUAC